AUGAUAUAUUUUGCACUGCUAUGCGCAUUUUGCAAUUGCGUUGCAUAUGCGAUACCAGUUUCUAAGAACGAAAAGUUCACCGACAUUACCAUUAUCGGUACCCAAAAUGACCUCUUUCCCUUUUUUGGUGGUUCUGCUCCGUACUUUUCAUACCCUAUGAACUCAGGAGUCUCGGUUGAAGCGCCAGACAAAUGUUCCAUGAAACAAAUCCAACUAUUUGCGAGGCAUGGGGAGAGGUAUCCCACAAACAGCACGGCUCAACUGAUCAAAAGUACCUACGGAAAAUUGAAAAAUGCGCACCUCAAUUCCACAGGUUCAUUGUCGUUCAUUAACGACGACUACUGCUUUUUCUUGGAAGAUCCAACCCAAUUUGAAGAAUUGACCACCCUGAAGAACGUAAUUGACCCCAUAGACCCUUACUCGGGCCAACAAGAUGCUCAAAGACAUGCUCGUGAGUUCAUGUAUCAUUAUGGGGACCUUCUAGAAAAUACCACCACUCUCCCAAUCUUCACUUCAAACUCCAAGAGGGUUCACGAUACAGCUUUGUACUUUGGCCAGGCUCUAAGCAAUAAGCUCAAUAUCAGUAUGCAAGUCAUUUCUGAGGAAGCAAGUUCAGGUGCCAAUACUUUGACUCCGUAUAACUCUUGCAAGGACUACAAUGAAACAGAACACGCUGCGAUAUAUGCCAAAUUUCCUAAGGAUUAUCUUUCCGGAAUCAGUAGGCGUUUGCUACUUGAAAAUCCCGGAUUGAAUUUGACCACAAGCGAUGUGACCAACAUGUUCAGCUGGUGCGCGUAUGAGAUCGAUACUCGGGGUUACAGCCCAAUGUGCGAAAUUUUCACCCGGGAAGAACUUGUUUAUUACUCCUACAACCUAGACCUCAUUAGUUACUACGGGGAGGGAGCGGGCAACUCGUUGAGCGCAGACGUAGGGUCUGUUCCAUUCAAUUCAUCUAUCGAGUUACUAAAACAGAGCGAAUAUCUAGACAACAAGGUUUGGCUAAGUUUUACCCAUGACACAAACCUUAUUAACUAUCUUACUGCGAUUGGUUUGUUUGAUGACGGCUUGAAGCUACCAGCCGACCACAUUCCAUUCAGACAAUCCUCAUACCAUAGAUCAUGGAUGGUUCCUCUGGGUGCUAGGAUCUACACGCAGCUGUAUCAAUGUGGAAAUGAAUCAUAUGUGAGAUACGUUGUUAAUGACGCCGUGAUUCCACUUGAGCAGUGCUCAACUGGACCUGGUUUAUCGUGCAAGCUGUCAGACUUUUUAGACUACGCCGAAAAGCAGUUGCAGAAAACCAAUUUCCUGCAAGACUGUAAAGUGGAGCAAUCAAGCAAUCAAACUGAACUAACUUUCUACUGGGAUUACCAAAAGAUGCACUAUAAUGCUCCUCUUUUCCUUUCCGAGCCUCACUAA